AUGUUAAUUAAUGAAUUACAAAAUUCAAAAGAUUUUCUUAACGAAAUAAAUAAUACAAUAAAUCAAUUUCAACAAAGAAUACCAAUUAUAUUUACUCAAACAUUGAAUCUUAUUCGAAUGACUAUACAAGAAAAUGCUCUAAUAUCAAUGUUUUCAUCAAAUUGGAAUAUAAUCAGAGAUGAAGAAGACAUAGAAUCAAAUAAUACAUAUAUUACUAUUCCUGUUAUUCAUAAUGAUACAACAGAAAAUAUCAGCUGUUCAUGUGCUACUUUACGAGCAUGUUCAAUGCCAGUAGGAUAUUUGAAGGAUAAGAAAUCAAGUAUGGUAUAUUUUGAUGGUAUAUUAUUUGUUUGUAAUCUAUUGGAAACAGUUUUACUUUCAUCAUUAUCAUGUUUUUAUUCUUUGACUUGUAUUGCCAAUAUUCGAGACUCAAUGGAUGCAAGCGAUAUCUAUUAUGAUAAUAGUACACAAUUGAAUGAUUCAUUAACACGAUUUAAUAUUAGUGAUACAAAUAAGAAAUUAGCAAAUGAAAUAUUUAUUGAAUCAUGGAUAAUUAAUGUAUCUUAUGAAAGUUUUUAUAAUAGUUGCUCUCCAACUUAUUGUACUUAUACAUAUUAUUAUCGAUUUGAUACAGUUGAACUAUUAACAACAUUUCUAAGUGUAUUUGCUGGUUUAUCAACUGUCAUUCGAUUUAUUGUUCCUUAUCUUAUGAAAAUAUUUCAAAAUCUUCAACGUCAUAUUCAUGUUACUCCACUCAUCAAUCACUAA